AUGGUCCAGGGACGGGUUCUAGUCAUUGCUGGCUCCGACUGCUCAGGUGGGGCGAAACCUAAGGCUGAUGAGAUUAACAGCGGCCUCGAGGCGGACCAAAAGGUGAUUGCAGCGCAUGGUUGCUAUGCCAUGACGGCAACGACGGCCCUGACGGCGCAAGAUACUACCGGCGUGCACGACAUCCACCACGUGCCGCAGGAGUUCCUGGUUAAGCAGAUCGAUGCUUGCGUUAAUGACAUCGGCGUCGAUGUUGUCAAGACUGGGACUGUUGUCGAGGCUCUCAAGAGGCACAAGAUUCCCAAGGCGGUUGUGGACCCGGUCAUGAUUGCAACCAGCGGAGCGGAGCUCCUCCCCCGUGAAGCCGUCGUAGAGCUGCUGGAGGGCCUAUUGAGGCUCACCACCGUCCUCACGCCCAACAUACCUGAGGCGAAGCUUAUUCUCGAGGACUCUGGAUACAAGUCCGUCGAAGUCAAGGGCGUCAAGGACCUCGAGGAGAUGGCAAAGUCCGUUCAGUCGCUCGGUCCUGAAUGGGUGCUGGUUAAGGGCGGGCAUGCGCCGUUCAAGGCGGACCUCACUGUAGCGGAGACAGAGGAGGAGAAGGCGGUUGUCGUUGACGUGCUUUACGGACAUGGGGAGUUUCUGCAUAUUCAGAGCCCGUAUCAGAGCUCUACAAAUACGCACGGCACGGGCUGCUCGCUAGCUUCUGCUAUCGCGUCGAACCUGGCCAAGGGCCUCACUGUGCCCGAAGCAGCAAGGUCAGCUUGCCGGUACAUUGAGGCUGCGAUCAAGACGGCUCCAGGUUUCGGCAAAGGACACGGACCGUUGAACCACUUCCACUCGGUCCAGACACUUCCAUUUGCGCCGGGACGUUUUAUUGAGUACAUGCUCGCCCGACCCGAUGUCAAAGACGUGUGGAAGACAUUCGUUUACCACCCCUUCGUCAUGGCCAUGGGAGACGGCACGCUGCCUAUGGAGUCAUUCAAGCAAUACCUCAUCCAAGACUACCUCUACCUUGUCCAUUUUGCCAGAGCUAAUGCCCUGGCGUCGUACAAAGCAAAGAACAUUGCGGACAUUUCGGCUGGUGCUAGCAUUGUCAAUCACAUUGCUCGUGAGAUGAGUCUGCACAUCGACUACUGUAAGGGCUUCGGCAUCACCGUGCCUGAGAUCGAGGCAACUGAGGAGCAUCAAGCUUGCACGGCGUACACACGCUACGUUCUCGACGUGGGAAUGAGCGAAGACUGGAUUGCCCUGCAAAUGGCAUUGGCUCCCUGUCUCCUCGGGUACGGCGCCGUGGCCAAGCAGCUUCACGGCGAUAACAAGACGAAGCGCGACAGUAAUACAUACUGGAAGUGGAUCGAAAACUACGUCGCCGAUGACUACGUUGGGGCCGUCAAGACGGGGUCAGGUUCGUGGAACUUCGAUCAUGGUCGACGAAGCGCAUAG